AUGUUUCCUUCCAAUUCGCCGGCGCCGACUCCUCCUGCUAACGCCCCGGUUUCGCCAACCCCUCAGACCCCGCCCGCUCAUGACCAUACGCACUCGCACGCCCACUCGCAUAGUCAGCCGCAUACGCACGUGUCGCAAGCCACGCUCAUCGCUGUGCUGACGCGCGCGCUCGACGACAAGCAGCGCGAGGUGGACGGACUGAACCGCGAGGUCGAACAUCUGAAGCAGCACCUUGCCAAAGCCGGGCAUGUCCACUCGGACCACUCCGCCCCUCGUCAGGCUGUCCCCGCCCCUGCGAUGAUGCCCAUGCCGACGCCGACCCCGAUGCCGUUUCGCGUCGAAGAGGGGAGCUCGAAGGGCAAAGGCAAGGAGAAAGCGCAUUUCCCGGCGGCCGACAUGAUGGGAUUUGACUCCGACUUGCUGCAAGCCCUCGACGACUACAAACUCAACGGGUCCCCCCAGCAAGCUGAGAAUAUCAAGGCCCGGCUCGAUGCAGAGAUCGCACAAGUGCGGGGUUAUUUGGCGGGUUCGGGCUACGCCCUGCCGGAUAUGCUGCCCAUGAGCUCGCUGGCUCACCAGAGCCCACGGGACCAGCUCGAAGAGGAGUACGAGCGCGCGAUAGCCGAGUCUGAGAAACUGCUCCAGUCACCGUCGUCGGUCCUCAGAUCGUCGCCUCCUUGGCGCCCCCAUACGCACGCCCAGUCGCACAUGCACCCGCACGUGCACGGUCACGCUAAAAUUCCAGAGCUCGCACCGGGCCCGCGGAACGACGCAUUCCUCGCCCAGCUCACUCGUCAGAUGCUCGCGGCAAACCCCGGCCUGGACGAACAAACGAUUAUGAUACUGCUCAAGGACGCCGCCGCCGCUGAUGCGCGCAACGCUGGCGCGGAGGCGUCGGGUUCCGGGUCGGGCGAUGUCCAUCUUCGCGAGGCGAUGCAGCUUGUUUCCCAGAGCGCGCCCCUCGCUCCGGGUGCAUUCCGAUUCGCGCCGGGUCCAGUCGCUAGCGCCGUCCAAGCUCCGGCAUCGGCGUCGGCAUCACUGUCCGCUGCCGGUCCGCCCGCGGCCGACAAGACGCAAGAGAUGCAGAACAUGGCCGAGGGCGCCGAUGAGCUAGCCGCGAUGAGCGCGAUGAUGUCGGACGUCGAAGAGGACGACUCGGACGAUAAUGAUGAUGAUGAUGGGCACAUGAGUACGAUGGCAGUGAGCAACAGCCCGAGCCCGCCGCCGCAGGGCGAAGGUCAUGUCGCGUCGGCAACGACGGCGCGGGCGGACAUCUAA